GCUGAAACCACGUACCAGCCGACGUCAAUGGGAUGAUGAUUUAGAAUGUAGGAAUUUAUGAAAAAACAAAAUCCCCCAUUAAUCCAGAGUUUACAAUCGCUUUUUUCUCCGAUAAUGGCAAGUGGAACUGGUGAGGUUUCAAAGAAGCUGAAGCUCUAUUCCAACUGGCGGAGCUCUUGUUCUUGCCGCGUUCGAAUCGCUCUCAAAUUAAAAGGGUUAGAUUAUGAGUAUAUUGCAAUUAACUUGCUCAAAGGGGACCAAAAAUCUCCAGAGUUUUUGAAGCUUAAUCCACUUGGCUAUGUGCCAGUACUUGUUGAUGGUGACUUUGUAGUUGCAGACUCUUUUGCUAUAUUACUGUAUCUAGAAGAGAAGUAUCCUCAGCAUCCAUUGUUGCCAAAAGAUCUUCAGAAAAGGGCUCUCAAUUACCAGGCUGCAAAUUUGGUUUCUGCAAACAUACAACCUCUCCAGAAUUUAUCUGUGCUCGGAUAUAUUCAUGAAAAACUUGGUCCUGACGAGGAAAUUCCUUUGGCUCAAACUCAUAUACGAAAAGGCUUUGCAGCUCUGGAGAAGCUAUUAGAAAAUUAUGCUGGAAAAUAUGCCACGGGGAAUGAAGUUUUCCUGGCUGAUUUGUUUCUGGCACCCCAGAUUGAUGGUGCAGUCAGAAGAUUCAAUGUUGACAUGAGUGAAUAUCCUAUCCUAUCAAGGAUUAACGAGGCGUACAAAGAACUCCCUGCUUUUCAAGAUGCUAUGCCAGGAAAGCAGCCUGAUACGCCACCAGAGGCUAGAGCCUGAGGUGUUUUUGGAACGAACUGAUUGGUUUCAACUGUUUGACACCCGAAAAUAGUUUCAUUAGCAACGUUCGCAAGAGAAUCAUUAGACAAGGGAAGCUGUAGUUCCAACUGAAGUCCACAAAGUGCUUUAGCCAUACUCAGUGUCCUUGACCACCUGCAAAAGAGAAGCUCAACUAAUACAAAAGUAGAGUAAAUACUUUCUAUUAACUUCUUACUUAAGACUUCCACAUUUAAGACCAAUUUUCAGAGGGACGAUCAUUGCAGAUCAUUGCUAAAUGGCAACCAUGUUGACUACAACAAAUGCAAACUACACAAACCAGGCAUAUUUCGUACACUAUACCAGAUUGUACUAGGCUGUACAUUUGCCAAGAUAUAAUUUUUAUCUUCCCGCAGAGGAGAAAAUGAUAAUUAUACUUGUAUCGGAAUGACAAGAAGCCAAUAGAACUCGCUCUUGUUUCGAAUUCAGAGAUCUCGAGAAAAAUCUAAUUACUAAUUAGACUCCCUCAUUUACGGGUUGUACUAGGCUGUACAUUUGCCAAGAUAUAAUUUUUAUCUUCCCGCAGAGGAGAAAAUGAUAAUUAUACUUGUAUCGGAAUGACAAGAAGCCAAUAGAACUCGCUCUUGUUUCGAAUUCAGAGAUCUCGAGAAAAAUCUAAUUACUAAUUAGACUCCCUCAUUUACGGGUUGUACUAGGCUGUACAUUUGCCAAGAUAUAAUUUUUAUCUUCCCGCAGAGGAGAAAAUGAUAAUUAUACUUGUAUCGGAAUGACAAGAAGCCAAUAGGAGAAUCUUGUAAUCUAAAAGUGGAAGAUUGGUCUCAUUCAUCA